CAUCUAUUUACUGUUUUAUAAAUUCUAUCUCAUUUGAUCCUCACAAGUGCCUUGGGUAUAGGUGUUACUAUCAUUCUCAUUUUACAGAUAAACAAACAGGCUGACAGCAAUUAAGUGACUUACUCAUGAUCAUACAACCAAAGUCUAAAGACAAUAUUCGAACCCAAGUUUUAAUUCCGGCACUUCCCUACCACCGGAACUGCAUCCAAAGUGACGUUCCUCUCAAAACUUACAGUCCUUACGGUCUGAGAUCUUCAAGUCAAGCCAAGUCGAUAUUAAAAGCAUCUACUAUAUAUCAGGCUCUGAGCUGAGUCCUGGUGAUACUAAGGUCAAAAAGAAUUGUGAUUUCCCCAAGAAGGUCACAUUCUAAAGGGAGGGGAGGAGAUAAGUGGCAGACAAGCUCGGAGAUAUACGGAAAAAAAAAAAAAAAAACAAAUUUCUCAAGCCAAAGGAUAAAAUCAGCUUAGCGUGCAGGGAAGCUUGCUCUGGGGAGAGUUUUCCCCUGGGCUCUCAGAAAAGAGUCCUGCCCUCUUGAGUCAGGUGACUGGCUAUUGGUUUAAGGCGGAAGGGGGAACGUGGGGUUGAGCUGCCGGUUUUGUCCUAUCCGGGUGCUGAAAGCCCGGCUUCUGAUUGCUGAGGUUCCUCUCCGGUGGAGUGAGCAUGGGAAGGCGCGCGAGCUCUGCCCGACCGUGGGCCGCGUCGUCGGCCGGCCGGACUCUGCUGCUGUUCCUGUUGCUCCCGCUCCUCCUGCCAGGAUGCUCCGCUGAAGCCAAGCGCUACGAGCCCACCUGGGCGUCUCUGGACGCCCGCGAGCUCCCCGCUUGGUUCGAUGAGGCGAAAUUCGGCAUCUUCAUUCACUGGGGAGUAUAUACUGUACCCAGCUUCGGAAGCGAGUGGUUCUGGUGGUAUUGGAGAGGGUUAAAAUUACCAAAGUUUGUAGACUUUAUGAAUGCUAAUUAUCCUCCUGGAUUCACAUAUGAAGAAUUUGCACCAGAAUUUAAAGGAACAUUUUUUAAUGCCAGUGAGUGGGCAGAUAUUUUUGUGUCCUCUGGUGCCAAGUACAUUGUCUUAACUACCAAACAUCAUGAAGGUUUCAACCUUUGGAAAUCUAAUAAUUCAUGGAAUUGGAAUUCUGUUGAUAGAGGGCCAAGAAGGGACAUUGUGAAAGAAAUAGAAGUAGCCAUUAGAAGUAAGACCAAGUUGCACUUUGGCCUAUACUACUCCCUAUUUGAAUGGUUCAACCCCCUUUUCCUUGAGGAUCAAGCUAAUUUCUUCCAGACAAGAUAUUACCCACCCUCUAAGUCCCUGCCUGAUCUCUAUGACUUAGUGAACACAUACAAACCUGAGAUUCUCUGGGCAGAUGGUGAUGGAAAUGCACCAGAUACCUAUUGGAACAGCACUGGCUUCUUGGCCUGGUUAUAUAAUGACAGCCCAGUUCGGGAUACUGUUGUAACCAAUGAUCGCUGGGGCCUCAAUAACAUCUGCAAACAUGGUGGCUUCUAUACCUGUGCUGACCGUUAUAACCCUGGACACCUCUUGCCUCACAAGUGGGAAAAUUGUUUAACAAUAGAUAAGCAAUCUUGGAGUUACAGAAGGAAUGCUCCAUUAUCUGAUUAUCUCACAAUUGAAGAAAUAGUGGAGCAACUUAUGCAAACAGUUUCAUGUGGAGGAAACUUUUUGAUGAAUAUUAGUCCCACAAAAGAUGGCAUUAUUUCUCCAAUAUAUGAAGAACGUUUGAGGCAAAUAGGAAGCUGGAUGCAAGUCAAUGGGGAAUCCAUUUAUGGAAGCAAACCUUGGCGAGCACAGAAUGACACUAUCACACCUAGAGUCUGGUAUACAUCGAAGCCUAAAGAAAAUCUUGUCUAUGCUAUGUUCCUUCAGUGGCCAUCAUCAAGGAUUCUGGUACUUGGCCAGCCCGUAGCAACUUUUGGGGCAACAGAAGUGAAAUUACUGGGUUAUGAACAUCCACUUAAAUGGACUUCUUUGCCGAAUCAUGGAAUAGUGGUUGAACUUCCACAGCUAACUCUUGAUGAACUGCCAUGUAAAUGGGGCUGGUCUCUAAAAAUGAAAAAUAUAAAAUGAAGGAUUCAUUUUCAAGUUACAGAUUUACUUAUAUUCUGCUAUUUUGCAGAAGAAAAACAUGCUACAAAGGAGCCUGAGACAGAAUCCUUUCACAUUCAGUACAUAAAGAAAACCAAAGAGUAGAAGUAAUUAUCUGGUUGAUAAAGGUUUGUUUUGAACCUGAAUUGCCCCACUAAUUGCUUCAGUUUUCUAACAUGCUGAUCAUAAGAGAUGUGUGUGUGUGUGUGUGUGUGUGUGAUCACUUUAAAUGUGGCAUUUGUUUCCUCAUGAUCAGGCAGCUGAUAUUCUGUAAUCAGGUAAUUGUAAUUAUAUACAGGUAACUUAUUUUGCUUUUCAUUAUUUUUUUUCUGUUCUAGGGUUAAUUUAAGGACCAUUUUCUGACCUAAGCAGAAAGGUUAUUUUUUUUUUCUGAUUCUGUGAUCAAGGAAAAAAUGUACUUAAAUCUAACAUAGAUUCAUAUUGAGUCAAGAAGAAGGUUAAGGACUUUACUGUUCUCUGAGUGGAGUAAAUAGUUUUUUUUUUUUUGUAGUUCAAAAAUAUUCAAAAGUAGUUUUAAAUAGUUACAGAUAAAACUUUUAUUUAAGAAUAUUAGAUAUUUUCACUUUGCUCCUAUCAAUCAAAUCAGCUACUGGCAACUUUACAAUUUAUAACUGUAAUAAUAAUAAAAAAAAACCCCAUCUCAUUGUUUUGUACCAUUGUUUUUAUGGAAUUUCUUUUCCUUAAAUAAAUUUAUGAAUUAAGACAUUCUAGUAUAAUAUGCUGCUAUUUUUUAGUUUAAGAAUAAAAAUAUAUUCAGGGGUUGGUCACAACCAACUAGUAAUUAUAAGUCCAUAUCAAAAAAAAAAGCAGCCAAGAAUUAGAAGUACAUUUUGGCAUAUGCUUUAAAAAUACUAAUUUGUUUUCCGUCAAAUUCUUAUAACAGUAUUUUCCUUAUAGUAAACACUACACAAAUAUAGGUCAUUAUACAAAUGCUUUGCCAGGGAAGAAACUAAUGCUGACAGGGGGUCCACUUAUAAAAAGUUGCUGAUUUUUUAUUUGACAGGGAAUCUUCUAGACAAAAACCUACUAGUAAGAGAAAUGAUGAUCUUUAUUCUUAGUUUCUUUUUGGGGUAUAUAAGACAAUAAGAAGCUUAAAUUUUUUUAGAUAUUUACAAAUGCUUGUCUUUUGGCCAGACAUUUUUUUUGGUGAAUAACCCAGAAAAAAACAAUAAAAAAACAUAUUAACUGUUCAGUAUCUAUGAAGACCUUUUAAAUACCUGAAAGAUAAAUGCAAACUGGGAAAUAUUAUUGAAAAACAAAAUUUUAUUGUAAUAACUAUACAUAGCACUUAUAUUCAGAAAAGUUACAUGAAACUUUUAUAUUAAGUUAUUGUCUCAUUUCCCCUCAAAUAGUCCUGAGUUUCUUUGUUGUGAAGUUAGGAGAGACAGACAUAUUGAAGGAAAUAGUCAAUUAAGAUUUAUUAAGCACUGACUAUAUGCCAGGCACUGUGCUAAGUACUGGAGAUAUAAAAGGAGAAUAAAUGACUCUAUUCUUAAGAAGCUCAGAAUUUAAUGGAGAUAAUAUACACACAAUUAUAUAUUAACAAACCAUAUACAGGAUAAGUCACAAUAAUCAAUAGAGAGAAGACUCUAGAAUUGAGGGGAAGUCUUUUAUAUUUGAUCCUAGAGGUGAUAGGAAGCUUUGGAGUUUACUGACAGCACAGUCAGACUUGUAAGCAGCUGAGUGGAUGAUGGACUGCAGUGGGGAGAGAAUGAGGGUGAGGAGAUCAAUACUACAAUAGUCAAGGUAUGAGGUUAUGAGAAUCUGCAAUGGGAUGGUAGCAGUAUCAAAGGAGAAAAGGAGACCCUUAUGAAGAUUUGAAAGGUGUUACAUAAGUAACAUUGACAAGCAUCAGAUUAGAUUUGGUGGGAGGAGGGUUAGGAGCUGAAGAUAACACCUAACCUGUAAGCCUCUGAACGGUGGCUGUCUCCGCAGUAACAGGGAAGUUAGGAAGGAAGGGAAGUUUUGGAGGCAAGCAAGUUCUGUUCUGGACUUGUUGACUUCAAGGUGACUACAGGAAAUCCCAGUUUGAGAUGUCCAAUAGGCAGCCAGAGAUGUGAAUCUGGAGUUUAGCAGAGGUAGGAGCUGGAUAUGUAAAUCUGUAAAUUGUCGAGUGUCACAGUGGGGGGAUUCUGGAUGAGGUAGCCCUUCAGCCCAGAGAUGUCUGGCUUGGCUCCCAACCUGUGUUGUGAUUGAAGCAGAGUGAUAUCAGGUGGCAAACUACAUAUAAUAGCAAGUUGUUUGUGUUUCUAUACUUGGCUCAUGCCCAGUAUUUGGUUACAUCAGGGUAAUGAAAAAGGGGAAAGAACCAGGAAUAAAUGGACUCCAUUUUUCUACCAUACUCCUGAGUCUCGCCUCAUCACUUCCCCACUAAGAUGGUAUAUUUUAAUCACCCUGGCAUGGAGACUCCAGAAAGCAUAGUACGUUUUGCCACCCUAACUUGGGGACUCUAGAAAGCAGGACACAAUAUCUGGCGCCUAAACGUGGGGCUCUAGGUGAGCCCCAUAUCAGCUUGACUGAUGCAAUUGGCCAAGUUCAGUGGAGAAGUGCCCAUGACCUGAAGAGGGGACCCCCAAACUAAAAAUCCUUUAAGGAGAAAAUCUUCAAAUCUGCCUCAGGGACAAAGUUUCAUCCUUGUUAUCUAGCUGGGGUUGGCUCAGUCCUGAAAGUCAUUGAAUUCAAAUCAAAUUCCAGUUUAAGCUGAAACCCAGACAUGAACCAACUUGGGACUCCACCCAAGAAUUCCCUUCAGCUAAAGCUCCCAUUAU